CUGCGAUCGUCUGUUAGCCACAUUGGAAGCUUACAUCUGCGCGGUCUGGUCCUCCCGUUUCCAUAUCUUCGAGGCCUGGGUCGCUCACUGUCCGGGCUCCUUCCGGCAGCUUUCCGUAGCGUGAUCAAUACCACGGUUGGUCAUGUCGAUAUGGGCAUCAACAGGAGCUAGGAUCAAGCCAAUCUCGGUCAUCGAAGGGCGAGGGGCAUUUCGAUAUGGGGAAAGUCGAGCACUUCGUAGGGAGCGGUGCUCCUGUAGGUCGUUGCAUUCCGGUACUCCAUCUCGAGACAGAGUGCCAGAACGAGCCAUGGGCAGCGCGCAAGUGCCGAUUCAAGUUGAAAACGGUAGUCUUGAACCCCCUUUUUUGAUAGGAUCCAAAAAAUCUCCCGUAUCACGAUUGCAAGGUAGACUUUAUCCAAAUCGAGAUGCCAAAAUGAGUGGCACUCUCAACAGGACGAAAGGCGAUGACUUUCAAGUCCCGCAAUCAAUGGGAAGCGAUCCACUCAGCGAGUCAUCUAUAGGACUUCCAUCAGCGUCCCCCAAGGGCCCAGUAUCCAGACGCGAGACGACAGACAUCGAGAAACUUCGAACCCGCCAGGACCUGGUGAUCCAUUUGCAUACCGUGUUGUCUUCCCGAUUACCGCCAUCGCUGCUCGAAGUAGUCAACCUUCACUCUGCCAGGCCUCAUCUCAAGAGCAUAAGGUCUUACAAUAUAGUACUUGCGUAUGCCUACCGAGUGAGCGAUUUCAGGACCGCACGCAAAUUGCUGGCGGAAAUGCGGGAUGAGAGGUUUUCCGAAAAUAUGAUAGGAAACCCGUCCGCAACUUCAGAAAUCCACAGCACAGACCGAUCUGGGGUCGAUCCGGAGCAAGAGUUCCGCGAGGUGAUUUAUCGAGGAAUUUGGACACGAGGAGGUGCAGGUCGGCGUAAAGGCACUAGAGCUCAGACAGUCAUGGACUCCGCUGAAGGCCAAGCCGAUGCAGAUCCCGGUUCAUCCGAGGCGGUUGACAUCACACAGAGUGCUUCAGAGCCCACAGCACCGCCUGAGAGACCUUUUCCUCGUGGAUCGAUGAUGGACGUAGUUUAUCGCUCAGUGCGUAUGCAGGAUCCGUCCCGCGAGAGCAACGAAACCCUCAAACGUAUCUUGCUGGGAAGCAGAGUCGAGCCGCAGUUGGGUGUUCGACGCAAAGCGAGCAGACAUCAAGGUACCGCUACGCUUGCUGCGCCAACUGGCGAAAGCAAGGUGUCUUGCCGGGCUCUUCGCUCGGAUUAUGCACCCAGCCCGGCCAACAAUCAAACGGCGCAAAUUGAUUCCUGGGAGAAUACAAAUUCUGCGGCGACAUCGAAUUUGACGAGAUCUUCUCUCGCCAUUACCUCACCAGGCGGGCAGCGCCCGGCGGGCUCAGUCCCGAUACUUCCAUGGUCAACCGCACUCGCUCUACUCGGGUCGGCUUCCGUAAGCGCAACGCCAGAGCUUUUCCUUGCGUACAUCAAGUACAUCAUAAACUCGUCCUUGAGCAGCCGCGCCCUUCCAUUGGCACGCUGCAAGACCGAUCCGCGAAGCAUGGAUUCGUCUGACGGAACAAAGGAGAAUGGCUUGGACAGAUUCAAGCACUUCAAUGAAAUUCCUCCGAUUACUGUCGCCCUCGAAGAGUUGUUGAAGCUUCACGCUCAGCGACCGGACACCAAGAAUAGUCAGCUGCAGGGAUAUCUGCAGAGACUUCUCGAUCUUUACCUUCAUCCCCACCUUGCUCGCCAGUAUCCGCCCCAUCGGACUAUCGAGGCAUUUCAGUUUGCGCUGAAUGCGCUAGGCCAGCCAUUUCAGCCCACGGCCAGAACAUUGACCUAUGCUCUAUACGCGUUGCGAAAUCAGCGUGCGCGCAAUCUUCGAGCGCUGCAACUGGUCGACAUGUUCAUUUCGAACUGGGGUGAGGCAUCGGUUGGCAUUGUCAGUUGGCGACUUCUAGGCAAAUAUGGUAUUCAGCGCCGCUGCGCAGAUACUAUCAAAAGGGCCAAAGCCGGCCUGUGGCAGUGGUCGGCUGAAUAUCGAGCGAACCGAGCGCGAGCCAGGUCGCAGCGACGUUACGAUCAGCUCGAUACUCAGCACAACAGCUCUAGCGAACUGGCGACACACCGAGCAUCAGAGGUCGUUGCGAUGCCGGCCAGUCAGACCCGGUGGAAAUUGCCUUAUAUCAGGAAGAAUCUCUCCAAAUGGCGUCGGAUGAUUCGUAAAAUGAGACAGGCCGAGCACUCUUCAAGAACGAGACGCAGGGCAAACCGCGACCUAAUAGCGAGGCCACGCAGGAAACGGUCAACUGGCAAACCCACUGGAGAUGUCGGCCUUUGCGCUUGAUACUUGUAGACAUUGAGUCAUAAGUCGUUAGGUUACAAUUAGAGGUGCCAGUUCCAGUAGCUAGUCAGAUCGACAUCGGUCCAACGACGUAAUCCCGGGAAAGAGCUCACGAGCUAUUUCGCGGGCAGUCGUAAUUUGGAAACGUCACGCUGCUCGUCCAGCUUUAGCAAAAUACAGCAUCAAAUGUUGCUUUCCGCUCAAGACGCCGUAAUCUAGAGA